AUGUCCGCCUACACAAGCACGCUGAAUGACACCUCAUUCCGACUCGCUACUGUUGAAAUGGUUUCUGGUGUCGAAAACAACAGGAACGAGCCUCAGAUUCCAAGCGUCACCUUGACAACCUACCAGAUCUCGGACGCCACGACCCCUAGCUACAAUGCUCUCUCAUAUACCUGGGGGCCGCCAAGGAGAAAUGCCCCGGGGUUCGUACAGUCAGAUGACUGGCCAAUCCUUCUGAAUGGAGAACCAUUUCAUGUCAAGACCAAUCUCUACGACGCCCUGCUGCAUCUUUGCCAAUAUUGCCCACGAAAGCUAGUAUGGAUCGACGCCUUGUGCAUCAACCAAAGCAACACGGCCGAGCGCCAACCUCAAGUUUCGGCCAUGGAUAGAAUCUACAACGGAGCGAGCACUGUGCUCAUUUGGCUGGGGAAGCCAUCUGCCAAGCUUCAACUUGGACUGGAGAUUGCAGAUCGGGUGGGCGAGCUCGCCAUGCGCGAGGCUAAACGCAUCAUCUCAAACCAGAGGUACGACUUGAGCCUGAGCUUGGGAGAUAUGAAGCGCAACUACGGCAUGGAGCCAUUCGCCUUGGACGAGGCGGAUGGCCUUGUCACUUUAUUUGAAAGCUACUGGUUCUCCAGAGUUUGGGUCAUUCAAGAGGUGGCUCUUGCAAAGGAAGUCGGCGUCUUUUACGGCGACGGAAUCCUCUCAUACGACAAAAUCGGAGCCACGGCUACCUUCCUACACCUGACUGGCUUGUCUAUCGCGGUCACUAUUCUAGUUAGCAUCGCCCGUGGCGAUAACAGUGUUGAUCCCCUGGAUGAAGUGCAUAUCUACCAAGCGGAAAGGAUUCAACUCCUCCGGGAAUGGUGCAGGGGGGGAAGAAGCAACUGGCUUGAUGUCCUGCCGCUGAUAGACUUUUCGGCUGGCAUCGAAGAUGACCAGUUGAUCAACCGUCCAGGAAAGGGCGGUAGCGCUGGCCUUAUCCUACUGAAACUUCUUCUAUGGACCGUUGGGUUUCGUGCUAUGGAUCAGCGGGACGUCGUAUACGGACUGUGGGGGAUUCUUCAGCACAUGGCCAAUGCCCAGGGCGUUGAGAUGCCGAAGCAUCUGCGACCAAACUACGACAUUACCGCGGCAGAGCUUCUUCAAACCGUGGCAAGGGAAAUCUUGGAAACAUCUGGCACCCUGAUGCUCCUUACCUUGGUCAAGGAUCCAUCUCGACGCAAGACCCAAGGGUUGCCUUCUUGGUGUCCAGACUUUUCACCGAUUCUUGAUAGCCAUCCCCUCUGCGGUCCAAAGUUCAAAUCUGUAGCAAAGGUCAACGCAGGUGGAUGUAUGACAGAGAUGCUAGAUCGACUUUCACUGGGAGAGGGGGGUGCAACACUUCACCUGAAAGGAGUCUCGCUUGGUACAGUCGAACUUAUUGGUGAGUCUUCCGACGAGAUCAAGGACGCAAAAUUAGAGGGGUGGAUAAAGAUCUUGUCCCGCAUGGGUCAAGUCUACCCCCCGACAGGCCAGUCCUCCUUUGAGGCCUUCUGGCGAACACUCAUUCACGACGAUGACUUUUCUAGUCGCCCGGCUAAACUCCCUCAGUCCGAGAACUUUCGGGACAUGCUCUUGAUGCUCAUGGUCAAAAGGCUUCACAGGGUGUUUGAAGCUGGCGGAGCAGAAGCGGUGACAGAGCUUAUCCAAUCUUGGAAGGACCUUGGUCUAGACAAUCUAGCUGAGAGAUACCCUCAUCAUAUCUACGGCACCAGUUUCCUACAGUCUUGCUGUAGGUGGGUUGGCCUUCUCCCUGAAACAGAAACCGAGCACUUGCUUCCCCCUGAGGAGAGUGCAGCAUGGAGGCAGGGCCGACACGCAAGUGCCGCCGUGUUCGAGUUGCUACUCGGAGGCACCUUGUUCUUUCGGCGCAUUGCCCUCACUUCUGAGAGACACCUAGCACAUGCUUCAGAGUCUAUGUCCACUGGAGAUGAAGUAUGGAUAGUGUCUGGGUGCCCUUCUCCCCUAGUAUUGCGGAGGGUGAGAUCAGGGAGGGACCGGUAUUGUCUCAUUAGUGAGGGUUAUGUCCAUGGAGCAAUGAAUGGGGAGGUGGUCGCAAACGGCGUUGAAUGGCAAGAUAUUAUUCUAGUCUAG